CACAUGCUCUAUUGUCAUCACAUUCUCAGCAUGUGCUGGUCUUGCAGAAUGAGGAACUGUAUUGCAGAAUACAGACAGACAGCUGCUGAAAUACAUGCUCUCUGGAUUUGAAACGAAUAGAAGAAACAAAAGGAUUGAUGAGCAGAAUGCAUUCGAAGGAUCUCUGUAUGUCCAGCAUGGCAGCGCUGACUGUCCUGAUGUCACUGUGUAUCAGAGAGUGUAAUCCAAUGCCUGAUCCCCAUCAGAGGGAUCUGAUGCUGAAGCAGGACAUGUCCCAGCAGGUAGGGGGCAGAGUGGAGCUCACUGCUGCUGAACAGCAACUGGAUUCACUCCUGCACAAUCUGAAGCUGAAAGAAAUGGCUGCUUCACCUUUCCCACCAUCCAAGCACUUCUUCAAAGUCCGGCACAUUGUGCAAAAAAGCCUUGUCUUCAAACUGCUACAGAAAAUGCCAAAGGGUGCUGCUCUUCACAUCCACAGCACUGCUAUGGUGAGUGUGGAUUGGCUGGUGAUGAAUGCAACGUACAGGCCUUAUUGUUACAUCUGCUUCAUGUGGGACGGCUCAGUGCAGUUCCUUUUCUCCACCAAUACGCCCUUUCUGCGAUGGGGAUGCUCUUUUUGGAAACGCCUAGAUGUGCUAAGAGCAAGUCUGAGUGAUGUCACUGCCUUUGAUAAGAGUUUAAUGCGGAAUCUUACACUCUUCACGGAAGACCCGGAGAUGUCUUAUCCAACACAAGAUGCAGUAUGGGACAGGUUUGAGAAGACUUUUUUGGCUCUAUCUGGGCUGAUCACAUAUGCACCUGUCUUUAAGGACUAUAUCUACCAGGCCCUGAAGGAGCUUUAUGAAGACAACAUCAUGUACCUGGAGCUGAGGGUUGGACAGUCCAAGGUAUAUGAACUUGAUGGCACCACCCAUGACAGAGCGUGGUCUCUGGAGGUCUACAGAAACAUUACUGAGCAGUUCAGAGCAAAUCAUCCAGAUUUCAUAGGAUCUCGUUUAAUCUUCUCUGUCCACAGGUCUCUUAGUGUGUCUCAAGUGAAGCAGGCAGUACAAGAGGCCAUUGAAAUGCAGAGAAAAUAUCCAGAUAUCGUUGCUGGUUUCGACCUGGUAGGUCGUGAAGACACUGGAAGAUCUAUCUGGUACUUACGAGACGCCUUAUCACUACCUUCAGAAAUAAAGACGCAACUUCCUUUCUUUUUCCAUGCUGGAGAGACAGAUUUGGAUGGUACAGAUGUGGACAGGAAUGUGUUAGAUGCUCUGCUGUUUAACACCAGCCGCAUUGGACAUGGUUUUGCGCUGGUUCAUCAUCCCCUGGCCAAGCAGCUGUCCAGGACGAGAGGAGUGGCGGUGGAGUUGUGUCCCAUUUCCAAUCAGGUGCUAAAACUGGUCUCAGAUUUGCGAAACCAUCCCGCUGCUGUACUAAUGUCAGAUGGUCAUCCCAUAGUGGUGAGCUCUGAUGAUCCCACCUUAUUCGGGACCACAGGACUCUCUUAUGAUUUCUACCAGGUCUUUGUGGGUAUUGGUGGGUUGAGCGCAAACCUGGGGACUCUAAAGGAACUUGCGAUGAAUUCAAUCAGGUACAGUUCUUUGUCGCCACAACUACAGGAUAAAGCUAUUACGAUAUGGAAGGAAAAGUGGAACAAAUUUGUGGCAGAAAAUUCAGAACCAUGACAAACAGAAGAGGAGAGGAUUGUAUUUUUUUUUAUUAUUACUUAUCUUUUGAAACUAAGGGGAUUGAAAAUUUUAUUAUAGGUUGAUUGUCUCUAUGAGGUUUGUCCAAAGCAUUUAUAACACUGAGUUUCCUGCAUAAGUCCUAAAUUACAUACGGUAUACUUCAGUGCUGGUUUCUACACUUCUUCAUAUUAGUUAAUGUUAGUAGGACAAAUUAAACCAUUAUUUUCUGAUCUUCAGAGUCUAUACCUGGUAAUGUUUUCAGAAAUAUUUUCUUGACUUAAUAACAUUAAAUAAAAA